UGCACCCCAAUAAGUCUUCAAGUUUCUGGCCUAUCUAGAUGCACCCACGGGCGCAUGGUGGCAAGAGCAAUGGUAGCAGUCUGCAGAGCCUGCCUGCCUGCCAGGUAAGCAGCGAGAAAGCCACCCUCCAAGUACUGACUGGCAUACUCGUUAAAAAGGGAGGCUGUAUCCUGUUCCCAGAGAUCAUGGACCUUCUUCAGUGCUCUGGGACCACCUUUCCCAAUCUGGCCCCUGCUGCAGGAAGCUUCGCCCGCUGAGGAGCAGAUCCCUGAACUGAGAUGGAGCACAUGGGAACCGCCUCCCCACCUCCUCCCCAGGAGCCUGGGGCUAGAGAGGAAGGAUGGAGCAGUCCUUAAGCUUCAGAUUCUUCACCAUUGUGCCGAGGAGGUGGACACCGCAUCCACGUGCGUUCGGAGUGGCAUUCGCUCGGAGGGCCCACGGAACGUCACAAAGCCGGCGCACGCUGGGACCCGGUGCCCAGUGCGCAUGCUCAGCACACAACCGCGCUGCGCAGGCGCACUGCGGCCUGGCGCCGGGCCGCGCGCAGCGCCGGCUCCUAGCGGGCGGGCGCGCUCCUGGGCUCCCAGGAAGCGAGGCGCACGCCAUGGAACAGCGGUUAGCCGAGUUCCGAGAGGCCCGGAGGCGGGCCGGGCUGGCGGCCGAACCCGGCACUUCCAGGCAGAGCGCACAAAUCUCGGGAGAGAAGGCGGAAGCUACUGCCACUCCAGAGUCAGCCCCAGGCUGGCUCAAACGAUUCCUGGUGUGGAAACGGAGGCCCGCGAGUGCCCCGGGCCAGCCCAGCCUCGCUCAGGAAGCCACUCAGCCUGGGAGCGGGACGCCACAGCCCCCACAGAGGACAGCCGUCCCCCCACCGUUGCCGCGGGACCAGUCCUUCCUGACCAGCAUCACCUUCUUGAAGGUUCUCCUCUGGUUGAUCCUGCUGGGACUGUUUGCGGAACUGGAAUUCGGCCUGGCUUACUUUGUCCUGUCCUUGUUCUACUGGAUGUACGUCGGGAUGCGAGGUCCCGGGGAGAAGAAGGAGGGAGAGAAAAGCGCCUACUCUGUGUUCAACCCGGGCUGUGAAGCCAUCGAGGGCACCCUGACUGCAGAGCAGUUAGAGCGCGAGCUUCAGCUUAGACCCCUGCAGGGGAGAUAGGAGCCGCUCUGCUGUCCCUGGCUAGCCGCCUGCACGCCUUGGCCCUCCUAGCCCUUGGCCUUGGACUUGAGGGUUUGUUCAGGUGCCCCAGACUAAGGACAGCUUGCUUGCAGGUUAGUCCUGUGACCGCACAAUUUGACCUGUUUUCCCUGAUCUGCUGCAGUUUUUAUUUUUGAACUUCUCUUUGGUUUGGGUGAAAUUCCCUGAAAGAUACUCACUGUGUAUCUGAUACAAUGAUAAAAAUUACAUACUGGA